CUUACGACUAAAAGUCGCCGACUAAUGGAGCUUUUAGGGUUUUAGCAAAUUUCUUUUGGAGGUAUCUUUCUAUCUCACAAUUUUUUUGCAGAAAAUUUCUUCAAUUUCGAGUUUUUCUUUGUGGGUUUGUUUAACUAUUCAAAUAUUUUGAUUUUGAGUUAGGAAUUGAGUAACAAGAAGGUGAGAUAUGGAGCACGGUUCGUUCACGAAUGAUAGUCAUGCUUCGUUUACUUUAUCGGAAGAAGAUCACACACUUGCUAAUGCUGUUAGAUUCGUCUUAAACCAAGAUCCGAGAGUAACCGUGGCUGCAUACACCAUUCCACAUCCUUCCCUUGAACAGGUCAAUAUCCGGGUCCAGACAACAGGUGACCCGGCAAGGGAAGUUUUCAAAGAUGCAUGUCAAGAACUUAUGCAAAUGAACAGACAUGUGAGAAGCGUUUUUGAUAAGGCUGUUACUGAGUAUAAGGCUGCUAAAAAGCUAAAGGAGGAGGCUGAAGAAGAAGAGCUUAAGAGGCAGAGGGAUCUAUUUGGGUCCAUGGACAUUGAAAGCAACUGAUUUUAUAAAAUAACAUUUGUAUU